AUGUCAUAUCAGAACCCUCCGCCCCUCAGCCCCGGCGGCGGGGCUGGCGGUGCACCCUCGAAACGCGACAAGCGCCGCACUGCGCUCCAGGAACGGCUCCAGGAACUGACGGGUCAGUUCAGCAAUAACCGGGACAUCCAGUUUCGUCAGCAGCUGCACGCACUCCAGUGUGAUAUGACACUGAUCAACAAUGCUGAUCCCUACGUGACUGGACCGCUCCCGGACUCCGCGGAGAGCAUUGCGUCGCUGAUUGAGGAGACUGUUGGUGGCGGCAGCAAGUUUGCGAAGGAGAUGGCUGGCCUCGCUGGAUCCUGGUAUUCCAGGUUCGUGCAGCAGGUUAAUGAGAUCAAGGAAAAGAGAGACGCGGAGUUGGUCACGGCUAUGAACAACUACAACAACACCAUGGAAAGACUACAGCGGGAGCGUGACUUCCGCACUUACUUCGCACAAGAAGAAUUCCGCCAUCUAUCUUCCACCCUCCGAGAGCGAUUGAUGCAGAAUAUCUCGGGCAAGCGCGCCCGUCUGAUGCGUGAAAAGGAACAGCUCGACAUUGCCGACACUAAUGCCCUGCUCCUCCACCCCAAUCAGUUUAGCAUCACAAACCCGGCCAGCCCUGGUGGGAUCCACAGCAACCGCAAGACCCGGCACACCCGUCACCGCGUUGAUCUCGACGAGCUGGGCAACGGCGUUAUCUCGGAUUUGAAUAAGCGCAAGCGGAAGGCUCCGGAAGACGACACUGGGUCCCCUGCACGGGACACAGGCGAUGCUACUCCCGCGAAGCGCAACAAGGCCGAGGUCACAAAGGAGCAGGUGGCACCUUCAUACUCGAUCCACUCCCUUUUCACCGAUAAGGAACUCAAUGCACACGUCAACCAGGCACACCUAGCGACUGUCCACUUCUUCUCUACCUCCAGACGCCCAGACCACGGAUCCGGCGCGGUGACGAACGGUAACAAUACCGAUGCCGAGGAUACCCCCGAGGGCACAGGCCAUGAAGAUAACGGCACCCCGAGUGCAGCCGAUAUGAUGCGCACCGCAAGUCACAACUUCCACGCUACCCGAUCUACCCGCACCACCGCCGCGCACAGUGCUCUGAGCGCUCUGGCCGACCUUGCCGAUAAGCCCGCCACCCGUCCGAUCCUCCCAUACCACGUUCUCUCCAACCACCACGCGCGACCCAACGGCAACGCGCCCCCAUUAACCGCCCUUAUGAACGAGGAAGUCGACGACGACUGCGCUCGCAUCGGCCGUCUCGCCAGCAAACCACCCAAUUGGAUCGAUACAUCUUUAGUCGAACUCGUGGCUGCACCUCUUCCUUCUCCCGCAGAGCCGGUCGAUGGCCACCCGGCCGAUCCCGCUAUCUUCAGCCAGCUGCACCCGGAUUUCUCGCCCGCCAUGGGUAUCGACUGGACUCCCACCGCCCACCACCCCGGCCUCGAGAUGUUCCAGCCUGCAGCUAUGGAGCGCGAGCGCAGUCGCAAGCGUACCCGCAAUCACUGA